UCUGGGUAUUCGACACUUGAUUAUGGUGUUUUGCUUAUUGAAAAAUUGUUAAAUCCUUAUAAAGCACAAGUAAUUACUGGAGACAGUUUACUUGCCUUAUGGUGGCAUCGAUUUGAGAACAAUACAAUUUAG